AUGAAGCAGAAGUAUCAAGGAUCCACUAAGGUGAAAAGAGCUCAACUUCAAGUACUAAGAAGAGAGUUCGAGAUUCUCACCGUGAAAGAAGGAGAAAAGGUAGACAGUUACUUGGGUCGAACCUUGUCUACACUAAACAAAAUGAAGUUAAAUGGCGAGACAAUAGAGCCGAAUACAGUGGUCAUUAAGGUACUUAGAUCUUUGACUCCCAAAUUCAAUUAUGUUGUAUGCUCAAUAGAGGAUUCAAAUGAUUUAAGUACGUUAAGCAUCGAUGAAUUGCACGGAAGUUUGUUAGUUCAAGAACAAAGGAUGCAAGGCUAUCAUGAAGAUGAUCAUAUGUUGAAAGUGGCAUAUGAAGACAGAGCAGACAAAAGUAAAGGUCAAAGCGCGUUCAGAGGAGGAAAUGGUCGAGGAAGAGGAAGACAACCUCUAGGAAAAGAAAUUAUUGAGUGUUUCAAAUAUCAUAGGUUGGGACACUUUCGAUAUGAAUGCCCUGACUGA